UGGAUUUUUUUGGUGACCUUGCAUUUAUCUACUUAAGAGUCAUUAAUGUUGUGGUACUAAAAUAUUUCCAUUUGAGUCGUCAAGAAGACAAGAUGGAUAUUAAGUUUACCGGUAAAAGAGCUCUAGUAACGGGAGCAGCAAAAGGAAUUGGAAGAGACAUUGCAAUAAAAUUAGCUCAAUGUGGUGCCAAAGUCGUAGCCGUUGGGAGGUCAAAGGAAGCUUUAGAUAAAUUGAAAAAACAUGAUCCCAAAAUAGAAAUAGUAAUUUUGGAUAUAACAGACUGGAACAAAACAAGUCAAGUAUUGGAAAAUAUAGGUCCAGUUGACUUGCUGGUAAAUAAUGCCGGUCUUGGUUGGGUCAAACCAAUUACUGAAAUAAUUGAAGACGAUCUAGACACAAUUCUAGGAGUGAACACGAAAGCUCUAAUUCAUGUAACCCAAAUUGUCGCCAAAAACUUAAUCUCCAGGAAAGCAACAGGUUCGAUUGUAAAUAUAUCAUCUCAAGCUGGAUUGGUGGGACUUAUGGAACAUACCGUGUAUUGCGCCUCUAAAGGAGCAGUUGAUGCGUUUACUAGAGCCGCAGCUUUGGAAUUAGGUCCACAUGGAAUUAGAGUUAAUAGUGUUAAUCCAACUGUUAUUAUGACUGAUAUGGGAAAAAAAUUUUGGUCUGAUCCCAAAGUUGCUAAUCCAUUGCUGGAUAAAAUUCCUUUGAAAAGGUUUGGUGAGGUUCAUGAGGUUGUAGAUGCAGUUGUUUAUCUUUUGAGCGAUAAAUCAAGUAUGAUUUCCGGGGUGUCUUUGCCAAUUGAUGGAGGAUUCACGUCCACGUAGUUAUAACAAUUAUGUGUAUUAUCUAUUAGUUUAUUAAUAAAUAUAUUAGUUUUCAGAACAA